AUGUAUGGCCGACAAGAAAUCGCAUUAUUGCUACUCAACCAGCCUCAGAUUAAUGAUACAAUAGUCAAUUCCAAGGGGAAACAGCCAGUAGAGCUGUCGAAGACUCCACAGAUAGCAGAGGCUAUGCAGAUAGCCCGUGCUCAGUAUGUGGAAAAAGUAGCGUUUUUGCUGAAGAAGUAUCUGGAUGAGGAGAAUACCGCUGCUCUGGAGGAGCUGUUGUCAAUUCCUCGUGCCAGUGCUCUUUUGGAUAUCAAUGGUCAGGAUCCGGUGACGGGAGGUACGGUGCUGCAUGAUUUUGUCAGAAAGAAGAACAAGAAAAUGGUGGAAUUUAUCCUGUCUCAUGGUGGAGAUCCAUUUAAACGGGAUUUUAAAGGGGUGCUUCCAAUUGAAGUGACUAAAGACGAUACAAUUAAGAAAAUGUUGAAAGCUGCCAAGAAAGAACAGACAGUGAUAAUUGGUAAUGGAGACAAGGCUGGUGGGAGUGGUCCUGGUGGAGCGGUGGCUGGAGGGCCACGAGUGUCUGGUGAGAGUCCUAAUAUGAAAGGGUACUUGAAAAAAUGGACCAAUUUUACUGGAGGAUACAAGUUGAGAUGGUUUGUUUUGGAAAAUGGUGUGCUCAGUUAUUACAAACGACAGGAUGAUAUACAACGAGCAUGCCGAGGGUCUGUGAAUUUGAAGGAAGCAAAAUUGCAUUUAGACUCGUCAGAAAAGCUUCGUUUUGAAGUGGUUAUUCGAGGAAGCAAUUCUAAAUUCCAUUUGAAAGGUAAUCAUCCUGUGGAAACUAACCGAUGGGUAUGGGCGUUGCAGAAUGCCAUUCAGUAUGCCAAGGAUCAAGAUCGGUUGAAGAAUGGCAGUGGUACAGCAUUAUCAGCCAGUUCUACCGGUUCUACUGAUUUAAGACGAUCAGGAACUAGCGGUUCGGUUUCUUCAGCACGAACUAAUGCUACUACAUCGACCACUGCUACUGGUGUUACCAGAUCAGGUAGUGCAGGAGCAGCUGCUCGUGGUGACGAGAACUCGACAUUGACAGUUCCCAAUACAUCGUCAGGGUCUAGUCGGAUAUCAUCGUCUUCACGACGGUCACCGUCUUCUAGUAGUCACUCGCGAAGUCACUCGGCAAGCGAAAUGUUUGCCAGUACUAACAGUAAAAUCAUAUCUGGGACUAUGAACCUACACGACGAUGCCGAGUCUCGAGGACUUGGCGGUAUUGGUUUAAAUAGCAGUACCAAACUUGUCGACGAUAUUCUGCCUGAGGAUGAGGACGUAGUUGAUGAUGACGAUGACGACUAUAGCGAGGGUCUGACCGACCCCGAGUCGUUUGACGAAGAGAUCGGAAAUGGCUCUGGCCUCAAAUGGGGCCGUUUUGAAGACUCAAUAACACUCGAGGCCAAUGCUAUUCGUGAUUUGUUGACGCUAAUUCGUGCUAAGAACCAGAAAAACAUCGAUAAUCAGCCUGGUGGGUUGACUAGCAAGGAACUCGACGAUAGUUUGUCUGCUAUGUCUGCCAGUAUUGAGACAUUGGAAUCAGUUGCCAAACAGCAUGCCAAGCAGUUUAAUGCUCAAGAGAGAUACUACCAGCAAAAGAUUGACCAGGCCGAGACGAAAGAACGACUGUGGGCCAAGAACCUUCGUGAUCUUGAACUGGAGCACCAGAAAAUCCAGGGCGAUUUACAUUCAGCUUUGCAAAAGAGAAAAGAAGCUACCAAGCUGUUGAGAGAAGCGCAGUCUGCUCAGGCCAGGGUCACUUCACCAUCAGAUAACAGUGGAGUCUCUACUACAGCUGCAGCUGCUGGUUCUGCAAUGGCUGGUGUGGUCGCUGGUGUUGGAGCUGGAAUCGCUGCCACUACUGCCUCGUCAGACGAGGGAUCCACCUCGAAAACUGGUGACUCGGUUCCACCUAAUCCUACUAUCACUGCUGCCGGUCAAGCGUCUAAAUCCGAUAUCAACCGACCUACUAUUACCAGUAAUGAAGAGUCUGACGAUUCUGACGACGACGAUGACGAGUUCUUUGAUACCCUGCCCGAAGUCACAGACACCCUGGAUGAAAAAGGCGCCUCUCUAGCCACUAUCCACGAAUCCACUUCUGCCGAAACCUUAGCAGUCGAGUCAGAUCUCACUUCUGUACAGGAAAAGAAGAAACAGCUGAUUACCGGACAAGACUCUUUUGCUGGGUAUGAAGAUGGACCUCGUAAGAGACUGAAACUGGAUGCAGACGACCGGCCCAAGAUCAGUUUGUGGGGGGUUCUCAAGAGUUUAAUCGGCAAAGACAUGACUAAAAUGACGCUUCCUGUGUCGUUCAAUGAGUGUACCAAUCUGUUGCAACGAUCUGCUGAAGACAUGGAAUACACCGAUAUUCUUGACCGAGGAGCCAAGAUCGUCGACGACCCAGCUCUUCGACUCGCUCAUGUUGCAGCGUUUGCAGCCAGUUCCUACUCAUCAACUAUAAACCGGAUUGCCAAACCAUUCAACCCACUGCUCGGUGAGACAUUUGAAUACUGCCGACCCGACUGUGGAUACCGGUUGUUUUCCGAGCAGGUGAGUCACCACCCUCCAAUUGGAGCUUUGUACGCUGAGGCACCUAAAUGGGACUUCUAUGGUGCAUCGAAUGUGAAAUCCCAGUUCUAUGGCCGCAGUUUCGACAUCAAUCCACUUGGUCGAUGGUACCUGACCCUGCGUCCUGAUGCCGGAGCUGGAGUCGAAGAAGAAUUGUACUCGUUCAAAAAAGUCACCAGUAGUGUUGUUGGCAUCAUCACCGGGUCCCCUAUUGUAGACAACUACGGUGAUAUGGAUAUCAUCAACCACACUCUGGGAUACAAAUGUACCGUGAAUUUCAAGCCUCGUGGCUGGAGCGGUAAGAACGCCUAUGAGUUGAAGGGAAGAAUCGUCAGUCCAUCUGGAAAAGAAGAAUGGAUUGUUGGUGGCAGAUGGAACGAUAAAAUCAUUGCCAGACGUAUUGUCAAGGGCCAAGAGUCUACUGGUGAUGGAGUCAAACUACCAGCAGGCGACAGUAAUGCCCCUACCUCGUCAGCCAAUAUCAACGCCAUUCUUCUCUGGAAAGUACACGAUCGACCUCCAGCACCAUUCAACCUGACCGCGUUCGCCAUUACCCUCAACGACCUUCCCGACAAACUUGCAAGAUACAUUGCCCCUACCGACACACGACUUCGGCCCGACCAAAGGGCCAUGGAAGAAGGACGCUACGACGCAGCUGCCGACGAGAAAAAGCGAGUCGAAGAAAAACAGCGAGCGGCCCGCCGACUCCGCGAGCAAUCGGGCGUCGAAUACAAACCGCUGUGGUUCAAGAAAGACGUGCACCCCGUCACCGGCGAGGAGUACUACACUCCAACCCGCGACUACUGGCAGUACCGCCAGAACAAGUCUAUCAAGACAAUCGCUCCCGACAUUUUCUAA